AACCCCCCCGAGGCCUUGAGACCAGCUGUUGUCGCUGUAACGGGAGAAUUUCAUGGAGUGCUUCUCACUGUUUGUGGUUUGUUGUUUUGUUUUUGCUAGGAAAAAAUUGAAAAGCACGUCGAAAUAUAUUUAUCAGACGCUGUUUUUGAAUGGGGAGAACAGUGACAUCAAAAUUUGUGCUCUGGGAGAGGAGUGGAACUUGCACAAGAUUUAUUUGUGUCAGUCAGGCUACUUUUCCAGUAUGUUCAGUGGCUCUUGGAAAGAAUCCAGCAUGAAUGUCAUAGAGCUGGAGAUUCCUGAUCAAAAUAUUGAUGUAGAAGCCCUGCAGGUGGCUUUUGGCUCGCUCUACAGAGAUGAUGUGCUGAUCAACCCCAGCCGCGUGGUCGCCCUGCUGGCAGCAGCCUGCAUGCUGCAGCUUGAUGGCUUAAUCCAGCAAUGUGGUGAAACAAUGAAGGAAACCAUCACUGCCCAAACUGUGUGUGGUUAUUACAAUUCUGCAGGGACGUAUGGGCUGGACUCCGUGAAGAAAAAGUGCCUUGAGUGGCUCUUGAACAAUCUGAUGACUCACCAGAGUGUUGGACUCUUCAAGGAACUCAGCAUAAACCUCAUGAUGCAGCUGAUCAGCUCCUCCAACCUAUUUGUGCUGCAGGUGGAAAUGGAUGUGUACACUGCUCUCAAAAAGUGGAUGUUCCUUCAGCUCGUGCCUUCUUGGAAUGGGUCUUUCAAGCAGGUGUUAACUGAAGCUGAUGCCUGGUUUGCUGAGCGCAGGAGAGAGUUUGGGGGUGACAUUGCCUUCCUGGAGUCGGCCCAGGGGAGCGCCUUCCUGCCUGUGUUUGCACACCUGAGGCUGCAGUACAUCAUCAGUGACCUGGCCUCAGCCAGAAUCGUGGAGAGAGAUGCCCUGCUGCCCUCAGAAUGGCUGUCCUCUGUUUACAAACAGCAGUGGUUUGCCAUGCUCAGAGCAGAACAAGACAAUGAUAUUGGGCCUCAAGAAAUCAAUAAAGAGGAACUGGAAGGAAACAGCAUGAGGUGUGGUCGCAAACUGGCCAAGGAUGGUGAUGUUACGCCUAGCCUCGUUCGAUUGCAGUGGGAAGAUGAUUUGCAGCAGGACAACGGGCUAUCAGAUCCUGACCCUGGAGAAGGACCAGGAGCAGAUUGUGAUGAAUUUGGACAGCAGACUCCUGACGUUCCCCCUGUACAUCUGCUGCAACUUCCUGUACACAUCACCAGAGAAGAGGGCAGACAGCGAGGCCCAGCUGGAUCAUUUGGAAGCCUGAGACCUCCCUGGGGCCUGUGGCAGCUCCUCUGCCGCCCUGGCUGCUGCUCCAAAGCUUGGACAGGCAGGCCUUACCCUGUAGCACCGCCCCUAGCCCUGGCCUUAGUCGUCUCCUAUGCAGCUCUGAAAAGAUCAGACCUUAGGUAGGCCAAAAUCAGUUAGGCCUUUUUAAUUUUUUUUAUUUUAUUUCUGUUCUGCACCGUCGGGCAGUAGCCAUUCCGUGUUUGAGAAGUGUUACACUUGGGCUUUUCUGGGUGAAAACUGAGCCAAGCUGGAAAUAGGGCAUUCGUGUGGAUCACAACUUAGGAAUUACCUGUUGGACUCUGAGCACACAUUGUAGGUUGUGUGGGCUUUGUUAGUGUAGGUUUUGGUUGUAUUAUUUGUUGGGUUUUUAAAUAACUGAUCUGUAAAUACCAGAUCCAUAUUUUGCUUUUUUUCCUGGUCCUUUUCCAUUAGGGCCAAGUAAUCUCUGUAAAUGUGGCCUCUCAACUUCAGUUAUUUAACUGCACAGUCUUUUCCAUCUGCUGGGUUUAAGCCUUUUUUGCAGCUCACACAUACACAUUUCAUUCUUGGGCUUGUUCUAACACUGCAGACAAUGAUUCUCUGUCUUUUAGCAAGUUAAUUUACUAAUAAGGAUGUUCAUAAAUGGAUUAUUUUUCCAUGUACAGCAAAUACUCCAAUGUCCUCAACAUCGCUUGAGUUGUGUCAGCAGCAGCUCUCAGCUGGAGUUCUGCUGAGUGCUGGCUCUACUCACACAAACCAAAUACCAGUUUUUAAACAUUUUCUGUGGCUUGUUUUAGCUGUUACCUUGGGAAUACAUCCCAUGUUAGCUCAGGAACUUGUGACUUUUGAGUGCCUUUCAAGUUGUAUAUGUAACACCAACUUCACAUCAGUUCAGCAAGGUCACAGGAUCCAAAGGCAGAGCUGGGAACAAGAGAUUCCUCUCCACUUGGUUUGAUGGAUGAGUCGUGUCAUGGUACACUCUGUUCAGUCUUUGUUGGGUUUUAUGUUUGUCUCCUACAAUUUUGAAUUCUUAACAGCAGGAUUUUUUGAUUCAAACUGGGAAUUUUGCCUCGUCAGCCUAUUUUUUUAAUGUCAGAAAAAUAUAAAAACAUUUGUACUUUAUAACAAGGAUAAAAAUGUGUUGGGCAAUGUGUCAAUAAAUGAUUUCAAGUGGAA